GUUUACAAAUGGCGUCCGUGGAAUCAAACUCAAAUGAUGGAGUUAUAUCCAAGCAACUGCUCAAAUCUAAAAGUGGAGAAUUUGAUGUGGAAAGCAUUCAUACACUCAAUAUAAAGGAUGCUGGCAUCUCUGAUGUUGGUUGUAUUGGUGAAUGUACUUCUCUUGAGAGACUCGACCUGUCGUAUAACAACGUCAGCCGCCUCCACAAGCUUGCGGGCCUGUCAGCGUUAGUCAAGCUCAACCUAGCAGCAAAUAGAAUCUCCUCUUUAGAAGGAUUACAGUCAUUGGAGAAUUUACAGAGCCUGAAUGUGUCUGGAAAUUUGAUAGGGAGUGUUGACUGUCUUCGGUAUCUGGCUGGUCUGGAAAAAUUCACAAGUUUAAGAUUACAAGAUCCGGCAAAUGGCUUGUCUAACCCAAUGUGUAACAUGAGCUAUUUGGACGGUGUGCUGAUGAUGCUUCCUGUUUUAAUUACUUUGGAUGGUCAGCGAGUAAGGGGAAGAGGGAGUGAACUCUUUCAACUCUGUAAACACAUGGAUCAGGCUAUGUAUAAUUUCAAAUCUGUGAACGCAUCCAGUAUGCCAGAAGUUGGCCAUGAUGCCACUCAUGAUGUCGACUCACAACAGUGGAUGCUGGACAUCGGGGGAGAGGCAAAGGUACAGGAAGCAGAGGAAAACUUGAGAGCCAUGUUGGAUGGAUGUAAGCAGCUUUCUAACAAGGCAGCACUGGUUCUGUACGACUCUGAAGAGGCCAGACCUACAGAUACGUCAGAGAUAUCUUCAUGAUAGUAGAACAAAAAUGCAUUAUUUCAGAUUCACUGCCACUGUGAUACCAAUUGUGGGUAAAAUUAAAGUAUACCCUUCGAGAUUGAGUGAGAAUUAGAGCGAUAGGGAUAGAGAGCGAGAGAAAGAGAGAGAGAGAGAGAGAGAGAGAGAGAGAGAGAGAGAGAUUGAGAGAGAGA